AUGACACUUCUGCGCAAUGCCAUGCUGAACAGCUCAGAUGUGAAGACGCUCAGAUCAGUUGUGUACCACAUGACCCUCUCAAAAGAAAAACGCCCAAGAGAAGGCAAGUUUCCUGAGGAACUCGCCGUGGUGACUUCUGACUUGAUGCCAGGAAGAAAUGUCCGCCAGCAGGAGCCGCUGUCAGUAACGGACAGUGCACAUCAGCUAGCAAUGAUCCCGAAAAUGACUCCGGACCUCUCCUUCGGCCAAAAUCUGCUCACGACGCUUGAGCAAGACCCUUCUAGUGACAGGUGGCCGCGAUUCCGAGCGUUAGGCGUCUUAGAAUGCCAGGCUUACCUUCAACACUACGACGAAUUGAUAGCAGCCGUGCCCUUUGCGAUCCGUAGGCCGAAGCUAUCGCUCGCGGCUUUUAUGACGAGGUCGCCGCUACUUCUGCUAUCCAUCAUCUUGACUGCGAGCAGUUCGUGUCAGAUUCUUGAAUCAGAAAGCGAGAGCCUUUUCCGCCAUAUCCUGGCCGACCGCGUGGUUGUUCGAGGACAAAGGAGCCUAGAGCUUUUGCAAGGCCUCCUCACAUAUCUCAUCUACCACCAUCAUCGCCAUAACCAUGACACUCAGCAAUACUUUCAAUUUCUCCAGCUGGCAUUAGCCAUGGCGGCUGAUUUGGGUCUGUACAAGAGAUUCAGCCAUCCUAAACCAUCUGUCUGGGCCUCAGAGAGUGACCUCAACGUAUUGCGAGCGUUUUUGUUAUGCUACUACCUCAGUUGCGGCGUCGGAAUUCUUGGAUACGACAGGCCGGACGGCAUGCGAUGCAUUCAAAGCCUAAGGCAUGCUGCCCAGUCUCUGGCUCAAAGAUCGACCGACGGUUUCGACCGAGAGGCACCAGCUCUAGUCGAGUUGUUGUACAUUCUAGCACAACAUCGUGACUACCUGAAUUGUCCUACAAGUAAUCUUCCGCAAUCCUGGAAUCUCGCAGCGGCAAUGGAAGUUUGGAGCGCUUCUUACCCAACCGCAUCAACUCUGACGGCUAUCAAAUCCAUGCAACAUUUUGUCUAUGUUUAUGGCAUGCUCAAAUGUGCUCGUCAGGAUACUUUGUCGAAACAGGACCGGGAAACCAGUUUGGAAACUCUUGCACUGGUAUUGUCCCACGUCCUUGAAAGAGGGGCGAUCUAUCUGGUGCUUUUUGGCGUGGCUGAAUGGGGUCAUAUCUUGACGACCCUUUUUCUACUUCCCCGUGUCGAAGGUUCUGCCGCAGAUCACCCCGCUGGGACAAAUGGGGUUCCUCUCACAUUGCACUACGUAAGUCGAUUUCGCCAGAAUCUGCAGGAGGCAAGGACGCUCGCAACAAGAGACAUUGUCUUGGGCACUCCUACUUUCUUUGGCUGGUUGGACAGGAUUUUAUGUGCUGUCGAAAGGCAGGCCGCUUUGCACCCGACUUCAAUUCGUACUCGACAAGACCAAGACAGGGGCGAUGAGUCGGCUUAUGAACUUGUCAAUGCGUUUAUUGACCAAGAACCCAACCAGGGAGCAGUAUUACCUAGAGGUGAAGACAAAGAUCAAGAAGACUUCUGGAGCGAUUUCAUGUCUGAAUGGUUGGACUGGUGA